AUGUGCGUCUUCAGCAAGUCGUCUGUCGCCCUUCUGGCCCUGUUCUUGGGCGUUGCGAAGGCGCAAACUGGCACGGGAACAUUGUUUUGGUUUACUCCCGGCGUGGGGGCGUGUGGCUUCACCAACACUACCGACCAAUCCGUUGCAUCAGUUUCUGAAGAGGUUUUCAACAAUUAUCCGGGCGCUACAUACAAUCCGAAUGACAAUCCCAUAUGUCACCACAAUCUGACUGUCACCUACAAUGGUACUUCCGUGGUCGCCCAGAUUGUGGACUACUACGUCAGCACCCCGUACAAUCGGGUUGGCCUUUCGGAAUCUGCGUUCGAUGUAUUUGCUCCCAGCAGCCAGGGAAUUGUACCGAAUGUGACUUGGGUUGUGGACUGA